GUACGAGCCAGAGUAAAGCGAUAGGCCACCGCAGAGUGUAGUGUGGGUCCGUCCUAUUUUGACAUAAGAAAAAAAAAAGAAAAUAGUCAGGACCAGUCAGCUAGGAUUGAUCACAAUUUAGGUGAUCAGAAUGUUCGUCCUGAACAAGUGUGUGUGUCACAAUCGUUAUUUUCUUUGAGUCAAUGCUAGUGCGUAGUCUUCCUAUUGGACUUCGGAACAAAAAAAAUAUGAGAAUUUAAAACGAGACUUAAUAUUUAUAUUAUGUUUGACUUGCACAUCGCCCGUGCUAUAUAUAUGUGAAUUUGACAAAAUAAAUUCUAUAUAGCCUCGCGAUAAUACCCUUACGAAGUAGGGUCAAAAUCAGUGUAUAUUUGUCAAUGUUCACCGAAAUUACAAUUUUCCAUCGUCAUCAUCAUCAAUAUUGUCGACAAAGCAACGAAUUGGAAAACUCUAGUCGACGCGAAAAACGGAGUAAUUUAUUCACACACACGUUUAAGUCAAGUGUUAUUUUUUUUGUUUUUGAACAAAUUCAAUGGACAUGAAUUUGAGGUUAUUCGGAGUAUAUCCUGCCUAACAGGAAAAUAACUUUUUAUAUUCUGUGUAUAUUUGAUUUAAAUAUUCUUUUUUCUUCUGGCGAAAAAAUAAAAAAACUUGAGACAUGGCAGGUACCAAGGUGGGAAAUGCAGUGCAAACGAAGCCUGUUGAGAUUUCUCAGGAACUCCAGGAUGGCGAAAAGUUCGUCAAAUGGGACGAGGAUUCAGGAGUAGCAACCCCAGUCACUUUAAGGGUCGACAAAUUCGGCUUUUACUUGCAUUGGGUAGACCAGCACAACGAAAUGGAAGUGCUCGAUAUAGCCAACAUAAGAGACACACGAACUGGAAAAUAUGCAAAAGUACCAAAGGAUCCUAAAUUGAAAGCUUGCGUAACAAUGGGCUCACAAGAUUUAUUGGAAGAAAAAACUGUAACAAUUUGCUAUGGAUCAGAUUUUGUGAAUGUGACAUUCAUAAAUUUUUGUACAAAUAGAGCAGAGAUUGCUCAACAUUGGACGGAUCAGCUUCUUCAAUUAGCGUACAAUCUUACUCAACUCAAUACAAGUACAAUUAUGUUUUUGCAAAAAGCACAUAUACGUCUGACAUUGACAGCUGAUAAAUCUGGAAAAAUACCUUCAAAAAAUAUUAUAAAAAUGUUCACACAAAAUAAGGACGAUAAAAAAAGAGUGGAGAAAGCACUUGAUUCCUCGGGGAUACCAUCUGGCAAGACCGACGGUGUACCAUUGCAGAAAUUUGAAUUUGAGGAAUUCUUCAAUUUCUAUAAAACUCUUACUCAACGCAGUGAGGUGGAAAAAGUUUUUGACGAUAUUAUUGGCAAUUCUAAACGUAAACUCAUGUCUGUACCGCAACUAGUUGAUUUUUUAAAUAAAACACAAAGGGAUCCACGAUUGAAUGAAAUUUUAUAUCCAUAUGCAAAUGCGGCACGAGCAAAGGAUAUUAUUAAUGAAUAUGAAUCAAAUAAAUGUAAUGCCACAAGGGGACAAUUGAGUUGCGAUGGUUUCCUGAGGUAUUUGAUGAGUGAAGAUAAUCCCAUUGUUGCUGUGUCUAAGUUUGAAUUAUCGGACGACAUGGAUCAACCGCUUGCUCAUUAUUUUAUCAAUUCUAGUCACAAUACGUACCUCUCUGGUCAUCAACUUACUGGAAAGAGCUCUGUGGAAAUCUAUAGACAGUGUUUACUUGCUGGGUGUCGUUGUGUUGAACUCGAUUUUUGGAAUGGCAAGUUCGACGAACCUGUUAUUGUUCACGGUUAUACAUUUGUGCCUGAAAUAUGCGCGCGUGAUGUAAUAGAGGCAAUAGCUGACAGUGCCUUUAAAACAUCAGAAUUUCCAGUUAUUCUCAGUUUUGAAAAUCACUGUAAUCCAAGACAACAAGCGAAAAUUGCACAAUAUUGUAGGGAAUAUUUUGGUGAUAUGCUGUUGGAUAGUCCACUUGAAUCUCACAAUUUGAUACCGGGCCAAGAACUUCCACCACCGUCGUUACUUAGAAGAAAAAUUAUCAUCAAGAAUAAAAAGAAACACCAUCACCAUCAUCAUCAUAAGAAGCAUCAUAAAAAACAGCAAAUUCAAACACCAGGCACUGAAGAAGGAAAUCAGGACGUGGAAGACAAUGGUGUCGUGAAUCAAGGAGCGGAAGGAGAAAAUGGUCCACCUCCUGAUAUUAUUCCACAGAAUGAAGUUGUUGAUGGCGUUGUCGUUAGUAGUAAUAGUGAGCAUCAAAUAGGUAACGGAGAAAUUUCACAUGCGCCGAUGCUUCAACACAGACAGGGCAGCAAAGACAGUACGCAAGAGGACGAAGACGACGAGGACGAAUCUAGUUCAGAGGAGGACGAGAGCAAUGUGGAAGGUGAUAAAGUUGCUGUGCCAGAUAAAGCGGUGGCCUCAGCUAAGGAGACGGAAGCUGGUGCAGAGAUUUCAGCCCUCGUUAAUUAUGUCCAGCCGGUGCACUUUAAUAGCUUCGAAUCAGCUGAAAAGAAAAAUCGAAUGUACGAAAUGUCUUCGUUCGAUGAGAAGCAAGCAACGACAUUGUUGAAGGAAAGGCCUCUCGAGUUUGUCAACUACAAUAAACAUCAGCUCUCGCGUGUUUAUCCGGCUGGCACGAGAUUCGACUCCAGCAACUUCAUGCCGCAGGUGUUCUGGAAUGCUGGCUGUCAACUGGUCGCUCUCAACUAUCAAACACUCGACCUCGCGAUGCAGCUCAAUUUGGGGAUUUUCGAGUACAAUCAACGUUGUGGUUACUUGCUGAAACCAGAGUUCAUGAGACGGAAGGAUAGACGAUUGGAUCCUUUUGCUGAGUCAACAGUCGAUGGGAUUAUAGCCGGAACUGUUCAUAUUCAUGUGAUAUCUGCGCAAUUUCUGAGCGAUAAAAGAGUUGGAACAUAUGUUGAGGUCGAUAUGUAUGGUUUGCCAGCGGAUACAGUGAGAAAAAAGUUCAGAACGAAAAUCGUACAAAAUAAUGGAAUUAAUCCAAUUUACGAUGAGGAACCAUUUGUUUUUAAGAAGGUGGUUUUACCGGAACUUGCAUCAAUUCGAAUAGCUGCUUAUGAGGAGUCGGGAAAAAUGAUAGGUCAUCGUGUGUUACCUGUGGUUGGUCUUUGUCCAGGAUAUCGUCAUGUGGCACUGCGAAACGAAUGUGGACAACCUCUUCCAUUGGCGAGUUUAUUUUUACACGUGAUUGUCAAGGAUUAUGUACCUGAUGGUCUUAGUGAUUUUGCCGAAGCACUGGCAAAUCCCAUUAAAUAUCAAAGCGAACUGGAGAAACGUGAAAAACAAUUAGCUGUUUUAACUGACGAUAUGGAGGAACCUACCGAAGGAGAAGAGGAGGAAAAAGAUAAAUCUGCUUGUGGGCCGAGUUCCUCUAAACCGGCUGAGGAUGGAGUGAAACCGAAGAGAAUGCAAUCUAUAGGAGAAAUGCCGGCAAAUUUACUACAAGCAUUAGGAACUUCACAUGCAAGGCCUUCGAUUAGUGCAAUAACAUCUGCUGAAUCACAAGAAGUAGACGAUAGUGUCGUUUUUUCAGUAACCACGUCUUCUGUUGUUGAUUCUUCCGCCAGUAAGAGUCCAAUAAAUGCAAGUAGCAUGAAUGAAGAAAUAUCAGCAGAAUCUCUUGAAAAAUUAAUGGAAAAUAAACUCGUGCAAGAAAAGAAAACGGAACUUGAUAAGAAAUUGGAAUCUUUAAAGAAGAAACACGAGAAGGAGAAAAUGAGAAUACAAUCUCAGAUUGACGGAGAGAAAUCCAAGACAAAGUUUUAUAUUAGCCGCAGGUUCAUUAAACGUUUGUCGAGCAACAACAUUUAUAUGUUUCGCAGUAUCUCAAAUGAUGUUGGUUCAAGUAGUACAGCUCUAACGGAAACUACCGAAUGUUCAGAAGAUUCACGCGACACAGUUGAAGCAUUACCAAAAGGACUACCAAGAAGUCAAAGUGAACGUCUUUUAGCUGUUUGCAAAGAGCAUAUUCUUCAAGAGCGUGAAUUACAAGAAAAAUAUCACGAAAGUGUAUUUUCAACAUUAGAAAAAGUUAUGAAAUCUUCACAAUCCAAUCAAUUGAAGGCAUUGAAAAAUAUGUUGGAUCGAGAAAGAGCUGACGUCAUGAGGAAACUUCAAUCUAAAAGACACGAGGAAGUUAAAAAUUUAGCAAAAAAUCAUAAGGAUAAAGCCGAAUUAGACCGUAUGAAACGCGAAGUUGCGAAAUCAACGGUGGAAAAAGGUGUAAACGAAUGUACAAGACUGACAACAAUUUAUGAAAAAAAAAAAUCUGAUCUCGAAAGACAACAUGAGGAGGUUCGACAGAAAUUGGAGGAGGAGAAAACUAAGGUGCGAGGAGCUUUACAAGCAGAGUACAAUAAUCGAUGUAGCGAAUAUGAAAGUGAGGAAAUGUUCUUAUCAUUAUUGGGUGAAAGCAGCGUUUCAAAAGCAUUGAGCGGGAAAUUGAACUAUGUCGCUAAAUGAAUUGAUUGUUAGAGCUGGAUAACAUUUUCCAAAUAGUGACAAAACAUGUUGUUAACAUGAAGCAAAAGAAAAAAAAAGCAACAAGCAGUGAAACUGUGAUCGUUGUCAUAUAAUUGAAUUGCUGGGUAAAUGAAUAAUUAUUUAAUUUACCUACCGUGGAUAUUCGUCAUGAAGAUUCACACGUUUGGCGGAGCUGGUCAGCAGAUCGUGUUUCAAAUUUCAUCAAUUGGUUAGAACUUUGAAUUAUUAUUUCUUCUUUUUUUCUCUUUUAAUUUUAAUCGAUUUAAAGUUAGUUUUUUUAAGUUCAAUUUUUUUUUAGUUUAAUUGCAAAUUGCCUUCUUUAAAUUUUAUUUUUUUUAAAAAAAGCUUUUAAUUUUUAUUUUGUUUUUCAUAUUCUUGAUGGUAAACGUGAAAUACGUUUCCGUCCAACAUUCCUAAUUUUUAAAUAACGAAUUUGAUAAUUCAAUUUAAAUAUUUAUUGAACGGACAUUCUAUUUGAUUUUCUUCAGUAUUAAAUUGAAGUUUUUGAAGUAAAACAAAAAAAAAGGAGGCAAAUGAUUUUGUAUCGUAUCGUUGAAAAAAUACGAACUGAUUGUCGAGUCAGAGAAAAAAAACGAAUGGACUGUCCUUUAUUUAAAAAAAGGGGUGAGGGGCAUGUGAUUCUAAAUAAGUGUAAUCUUUUUUAGUCAUAACUAUAUUAACCUUGUUGUUAUAUACAUAAGGCGUUAUUAAUCGAUCGAUAUUCGCGUUUUAAAUCGAUUCGUCGUUGGAAAAUCAUUGCGCUCUCCAGUGUAAAAUAUUUUUCUGUGAAUCUCAUUGGCCUAGAAAAAACAAACACACAGAUAAACUUGAGCAAAGAAUUUCGAUUGAAAGUUGGACAAGCUUGAAUUCAAGGCAUUAACUAUCGAUUUUUAAUUUAGAGAUCCGAAUGAAAUUACAAGUAUUUGUGGAAUGAAUCUCUUAUUUACAAAUGGCAUUUAAAAAUUCGGUAAUUAUGCAAUUUUAAGAAAUAAAAAUUCUAUGAAGAGAAAGAUCUUAAAAGGAUUAUUAAUAAUUAUUGAAAUCGAUUGAUAAUACCCGGUGAUGGUAAAUUAUAUCAUUUGAAUUUUGCUUGACAACUAUAUGAAUUCCAGCAUUGCAUUAAAAACCGGAAGUAAGGGAAAAUUGUUCGAAUUGAAAAUCACGAACAAUUAUUUAUCCAUCUGUCGAAUUGUGACCUCUUUGAGAAGACAAUCAAAAGUGUUACCCGGUUAAUUUGAUGGUAACAUUUUCCUUGUUAUUUCUAAUCUUGUAAGAAUAUCUUAGAAAUAUGGUAACGAAAACUAGGAUAAAAUUCUGCGUAAUCUAAUUCUACUUCUUAUACAACUGCGCUAAUUCGUUUGUAAUUUCUAUUUGUUGUAAUUAUAAACAUAUUUUAAUGAUUCUUUUACUUUCAUUAACGUUCUAAUAAGAAUUUGAUUGAUUCAUUAACAAGUUACUAAAAUUCUUCUUUUUCAUUUUUUUAGAUUUUCUUUUAAUUUUUAAUAUAUUAUUUUUGUAAUUUGUACUAUUUUCAAGUAUUUGAAAUAAAAAUUAAUAAAAUUUAAACUAUAGUUUUUCGUACAUAAAAUAAAAGCAAUUGAGCAAAAAUUUUAAAUCAAGUACAAAUUAAUAAAUUGGAAAGAUAAAAAAAGAAUGAAUUAAAUUAAAAAUUCCAGUAAUUUGUUAAUUGAUGGAUCAAAUUUAAUUAAUCGAAUAAUUAAUGAAAGUGAAAAUUUAAGAAAAAUCCUCGUUAAAAUAUUUACUGCGAUUUUUCUGAUUGAUGUAUAAUCAUAAUCGCAGAAAUUCUAUAUCGUUAAAAGCGUUUUCGAUAUAAUGCGAAUUCAACAAAUUAAGGAAGAGAAUAAAAAUUUGAAUUAUUUAAGAAAAAAAACAAAAGCCAGUCUGUAUAUUUUGUAAAUUUCUUAUCUAGAGAUCGCUUGGUAUAAUCUGCCGCGAUCGUGUUUCUUCGUCCAACCACCGAUUGAUGUAAUAAUUGUAUAAAUAGCAUGAUUAUAAAGUAGACACGACGCGUUGUGAUAUUAAUUGAUCUCAAAGCAAUCGUAGGCUCGCGAUACAAAAGGUAAAAAAAAAUUAUAUACAUAUAUUAAAUAUAAAUAUAUAUCGACAAAUUUAUUAACAAACAAAAAAACUGAUACGUUUUUUUUGGUAAACACACUCUAAAUUAUGAGUCUUUACAAAUUUUGAAAACGGCGAAGUGUAAAUGUUAUCGACCUAUUGCGAUUUAUGGAAAAGACAAUUAUUGACGUGCCGUGUUAGAAAUUGAGUUUUAAGGAAUCUAUUAUAAAAAGAAUUCUUUCUUUUAAUUGAAAUAUUAACGAGGAAUCGUUAAUGGGUUUUUUUUUUAAACUUCAUUAGAAAUAAAAACACUUAUAUUUCAUAUUUGUAUUGUACAAAAAAAAAUGUGUACAACUUAAAAAGAAAAAUAACGCUUUAGUUUUAUUAUUUUAAGUUUAGAAAAAAAUGUAUUCAAUUUUGUUCGCUGAAUAGAAACGAGUUGAUUUAAAAGAAAAGAUCGUAAAUAAUUUGAAUUAUUAUUGAAACUUGUCUAAAAGUGCACUUUUGAAAAAAAAAUUUUCUGAACUCCUUUAAACCGAGUUUUGUUGUAAUAGAAAAUUUUUCGAGUAUUUUCAAUUAAUGCUCUAACAUGAUAAAUUUUUAAAAUGAAUAUUUUAGUUUUUGAAUACUUUUUCAGAAAAAAAGAGAGCAUUCAUUACCGCUUAUUAAUAAAUAAAUAUAAAAAAGGGUAAAAAAAAAAUUGUUAAUAAUUGUAAGUCCAAUGUCAAAAAUUUAAGGAAACACCAUAAAUGCCGUUCUAUGGGUUAAAAUAAUACUUUAUAAAUUAAAUAGUUGAUCGAUUACACACCAGUGUUUCUGGGGAAAUAAAAAAAAAAAAAAAAAAAAAAAAAAUAUGUAUAACACUUGACUGAUCUACUUUAGUCAUUAUGCAUUCAUUUCUCAAUGCGAUUAUAAAUUUCAUUCUUUUUCAAAAGUUUAGAAAAUGAAAUCUAUUACAAAUACUUUGAAUAUCUAAUUUUAUUUAAAUUUUUUAGUGAAUUUAAAUUCAGAAACUUCUAAAUGAAUAUUUGACAUAAAAAUUCAUUUUUUCGGUAAUUAAUAAUUAAUUAGUAAUUAAUUUAAAAAAAAAGAUUAUUAUUUUAUUAUUGCUUUAGCAAUGAAACAGAUGCUUCUAAUUUAAUGCACAAUUUAUUGUUUAAAAUUAUGCGCAAAAAAAAAAUGAAUAAGAAAAGAACUGAAAUAUUUAGAAAAUUCAAUGUCAAUUCCUGUAGCAUGAUGCAUAACAAAUUGUCGUCUCUUCCAAGAAAAAAAAAGUAGAUUUUUGAAUUUACAUCUCUUAACCCAUCAAAUUAGAAUAUUUCAUGGCUAUAUUCGAUAACAGUUUAGGAUUCUUAUAAAAAUUUGGUGAAAUGUGGUUCAUCUUAUAAACAGUUUUAAAAAAAACAAACAUUGUUAUAUAGAAACUACACCUGUACCAAUUAAAAUAAUUCGCAAUAUAACUCAGGCAAUAUGUUUCAUCGAUUAUGUUCAUCAAUAUUAUCGAAUUGAAAACAUUUUCAUCAUCCAAAAAUUUUUAAUCCAAGGUGCCUCCUAUUGUCAAAUAAUUUUUAAAUUGUCUUAUUUAUUCUAGAAUCAAAAUCAAAUUCUAAAUUGUAAUUAAAUCAGGAAUAUUAUUUUUUUUUAUAAUUAAAAUUAUUCUUCUUAUAAUAGCAAAAAGGGCACCUUGUGAUUUAUAAUAAAAAAAAUAGAAUAGUAACAUUUAGCUGAAUCCGCGUUAUACAUUAUAUGUUAUUGCUGUUAUUGUUGUUAAUCAUAACAUAAUGUACGAUAGUGUCUCAAGUAAUAUAUUUAUUUGUAAAAGAUUAUUGUAAAUAUAUACAUAUAUAGAAUUAUAAUUAAUCGUCGUAAAUAAUUAUUAUUGUGAAGUGAAAAUGAGCUCUCGCAUAUAAAUAAUAUAUGAAUGUUGGAAACUUUUUUCAAUAUAUUGUCAAACCAGACGAAAAGCGUUUUUUUUCUUAUAUUGUUAUGACUGAAAUACACAAUUUAUGGGACGCUAAAUUAUUACAUAAAAUUUUAAUUUUGCUAAUUUAUUCAAAUUUUAUGCAAACUAAAAUAAUCGAUUAUAAUUAUAAUUAUUCAAUAAGUAUACAAUUUUUUUAUUGUUUAGUAGAAAUGCAGGAAAGUCAGACAGAACUUUUUUAAAUUCUUAUAAUUAUUUAAAAUAUUUGUCUUUCUAAUCAGAAUUUAAUAAGAUGUAAAUUACAACGAAUAAAUUGUAAUUAUAAUUAUUUUACAACUUUUUUUUAUCGAUUAUUUGAAUCUUCAUUUUGAAAAUUAGAAAAAAAAAUUUGUGUAAUAAUAAUGUGUCGUAUAAUUGUUGACAGUCGCAGAUUAUUUUUCUGCAGUUAUAAUAAAUUUAAUUAUAUAAAUAUAUAGAUAAUCGAUAAAUAUUGUUAUACUGCUCCGAGUUAUAUAUUCAUCGACUAAACUGUUUUAGAAAGUUGAUCAAUAGUGUUCUUCCAACGAUUUUUGGGUACCUGUUAUCGUUCCGCUUUACCUUCCGAAUUUAUCGAAUUUAUAAGUUUAUAAUAGUGACAAAAAAAAAUGUAUAACGAACACUGCGCAAGAGAUUAAGUGUAUAGUUUUAAUUGAAGUUAAAAUAUAUUAGAACAGUGGUCUAGUUAUCAACGAUAUUCAUUGACGAACGAACGAUAUAUAAAAUAUACUUUUCUCUUAUAUAGAAAAUCAUCUCAAAAUGUAUACAGAAUCUCGUCAAGUAUCUCAAAUGUUUAAUCACGUUUAUAUUUUAAAAAAAAAUAUAUAUAUAUAUAUUAUAAACAUUUUAAUGAGCUAGACUUUUAUCAAGAAUUACCAAAGUCUACUUUCAAGAUAGAAUAUAAUCGAAAUUAUAUCAAAAGCAGACAAAAAAAAAUGUUUAGGGCACUGAACAAUUUUUUUUUUCGUAAACGGAAUAGUGAAAUAAAAAAUGUCUAAUUUUCUAUUAUGAAUGAGUAAAUUCUUUUUAUAUUUCUUAAUUUUUUUUUGUUGAAAUUGUAGUGUAUUUACUUUCAUGAAUAAGAAUAGUUAACUUUUUUUUAUAUCACUAUUCCGAUUACUGAUUACGAAAUUUUAUUCGUUAUAAGUGUUAGAAAAAGAGAAGUCAGGAAUUUCUUGUUGAGAAUAUUUCUAUUUCUUUAUAUUUAUAAAAUUCAAUUUUUAAAAUUGAAUUUCCUGAUUUUUCUAAAACUUCGAAUUUUAAAACUGAAUAUAUAUAUAUUCGCAAGCAAUAGAAUUAAAAUUUAAGUUUUAUGCAAAGAAAAAUCAUAAAAAAAAAAUUUGGGAUUAGUUCUUUAUGAAAGUAUGUUAGUCACUGUAUAUGUUAUUUAUUCAAAUGUAUCUUAAAUCUAAGUUGAUGUGUCAGCACUUGCCUGGUGGUGUGGAAUUAUUACAAAUUUAUUGUCAAAUCAGGGACUUUUAAUCAUUAUCAUACAAUUUAUUAAUUUUAAGAUUAUAUUUUAAACAAAUGAUUCUAUUAAUUUAUUGUCAUAUUAAUUGCGUGAAAUUAAGGUGAUUUUGAGGAAAUUUCGAACUAAUUUGAAUUUUCACUUAUUUCCUUAAAAUAUAAAUUUUUAGUUCUUCAAUGUCGCACAAAUGAGAAUAAUAAAAAAAAAAAAAUCAUAAGAUAGUAAAAAAUUUACUCAAUGAAUUCUGUUAAUUUUGCUUUCUUCAAAAUUAACAUCUUCUCUAUUUAGGAUGGAAAAAAAAUUAUAUUACCAGCUUUUAAUCAAUAUUGAUUGUAAAGUUAAUUUAAUUGUCAUAUAUAAAAUAUAAAUGCGAUGGAAUUGCUUUUAAUGUGCGCAUAAUUACAAUUAAUUAAUUAUAAAAAUUAAAAUUAAUAAUUUGGAUAUAAAAAACUAUUUCUGUUUUCUUAAAUAAAUAUAAAAUAUUGCGCAAAUUUCGAAAAAACCAACGGUUUUUUUUUUUUUUACUACUUUGCCAGUUUUAUGAAUUGCUCAUUAAAAAGUGUACCUGAUGAUAAAAAAAAAUAAUAGAACUCGGUUCAUUACAAUUAAAAUCAUAAAAUAUAUAGUUUCACAGUAAAAGUUAUAGUAAUUCUUUAAUAUUAUUAUAUAAGAAACUCGCAAAAAUUAUACUGAUGAAUCUUGCUGCAAAAAAAUUUCGUCUAUAUAGCUAUAUAUGUAUAAACUACUAUAUUAUAUAUAUUUUUUAUUCUCUGCUCUAUUACUAUAUAAUACUUAUAAAAAUUAUUUGCAAAUGCAGAGUGGUUAAAAAAUUAUUCUGGAGCUAAGAAUAUUUCUUAAGGGUGUUGAUAAGUAAUAAAAUUUUAAUUUUACUCUUUUAUUUGAAGAUAUUAAAAAAAUAUAUUGUUUAACUUAAAAUAAAAUAAUUUAAAAAAAAAAUUUUUUUUUUUUUGAAAAAAAAAUAUAUAUCCGAAUACUUUAACAGCUCUUAAGUUGAUUCUUGCUCCUGUAGAAUAUCUUCUCAAUUAACACCGUGGGAAGUAUUUUUGGGCACCCUGUGAAAAAAAACACGAAACUUUAUACGAAAUGAAAGUAUCGAUACACAUUUACGAAUAUAUUACGUAUUAGCCUCUAUCUCAAUUUUUAAAACGAUUUUAUGUUUAUUUAAAAAUUUUCUAAAAUUGUUGAAUUAGCUAUUGAUAAAAAAUAUGUUGCCCCCUAUAGCAAAUGAUAAUCCAACUAACUUGAAAGUACAUAAAUGUACACCUAUUUUCUAAACAUAAUUUUUGUUUAUUUAAACAUUUUUUUCAUGAUAAUUAUAUUUUAAUAAUUACAUUUUUUUAAAAGAAAAUCAGUUUUUGAAAUUUUUUUUUAUUUUCAAUUUUUAUCUAGGAAUAAUUUAUUUUUUCUCUAAUCAUUAACUAUUUUUACUAAAAUAUAUAAUAUAAAUCGAAACAUUUUGCUAAAAUACAUAAAUCAUUAAAAAGAAAUAUUUUUCAGUUAUGAAAAUAAAGAAAAAAAAAUUUUUUUUCAUUAUAAUUUUUUUCUGUAAAAAUUUUUUUCUUUAGCUACUUUUUCUUCUCUCAUUCACUUGUGCCUUGCUCUUUGUCAUCAUUCAUGUAAUUGUCUUAUGUGUUAAUUUUCUCAAAAAAUAAAUGUCUUCAAUGUUCGAUGUCGCUUUUAAGGAUUGAACAGUACCUUAUAUUACUGCAUUUAUAUUUAAAAAAAAAGAAAAAAAUUAAAUAGAUGUAAUCGCUGCAGUACGAAAUAUACAUAUAUAUUAUUUUAAUAUUAAAUAUUAAAAAGAAAAUAUUCUUUAUUUCAUAGAUUAUUAUAAUAAUUUAUUAGCAUAUUAUUUUAUCAAUUUAAAUAUUAUUUUUAAUAGUAAAAUAGUUUUUAAAUAGUUUCUCAAAAUAAUAAAACUGAAAUAUUCGUAAUAAAAAUUGUACUAACUAAAAAUCUAUACUUCCAGAAAAAAAAAUCCUUUAAUUUUUCUCAUUAUUUUUUAAUAGUUAGCCACAAUAACAAAAUUAUGAAAUUUUUGUUAUCGUUACACUGAUUUAUCGUGUAUACGAAAUUUUUAUCCAAAAAUCAUAACUAAAUUAUAAUUUAGAAAAUUAGAUAAAAAAAGUCUAAUUAUAUUUAAAUAUAAUUACAAAUAAUAUAUGUGACAAUUUGGUUUUACUUAUUAAUUUUUAUCAUACCUCUAAACGCGCUCCUGUAACAUCUACGUUAAAAUUUUUACUACUAAAAAAAACAACUUUCCAAGAGAGAAAAAAAAAUAUGAGAAAGUAUAAAAGUUGUGAAGUGUUUUAAAAAAAAAGUGAUGUGUGAAAUUAUGUCCUGUAAAUCCAAAACCAAAAUGAUAAAACUCUAUAUAUAUCUUAAUAAAAUGACGAUAAUAAUGACAUUAAUAAUUUGAAAAAAAAACAAUAAAAUAAAUUAAAAAAAAAAUUGUUAUUGCGAUUAUUUGAUAAAAAUAAUUGUCUAUAUACUUAAGUUCCUUCCACUUGAAUAUAAAGUUAGUCGUGUUGAUAUCGCAUUGAGGACGAAAAUUUUGUUUUGUUCUACAAUAUCUGUGAUAUUCAGAAUAUAAUUAACAUCAAACUCGACAUUAAUAUCAAAAACAAAAAGAAUAUCUAAAAAAUAAAAUGUUAAAAAAUUUCUUUUUUAUCAUUUAAUUAUGAAUCAAUAAAUUCAUAAUUAUUCUCGCAAUUAAUUAUAUAAUAAUUAAAAAAAUGAUGAAAAUCAAGAUUUUCUUUUCUUAGACAAUAUAUAAGGGUACGUGAUACAUUACAAAUUAAUCGAUUCCAAAAAAGAAAUAAUUUUCUUUCAAGAUAAGAUAAAUAUUUGAAAUUUUAAUUUCAAUUAACAUAAAUUCUUCUUUGUUUAUAUGUGAAAAUAAUCGUGAACAAAUGAUUGGGAAUUUUUUUUAAUUUAAACAAUUCAUGACAUUAUAAUAUGUGUCACAUACCCUUAAUAUAAAAUAUACAAUAUGUAUAUCACAGUCAUUUAAAAAAAUACGUACGUCUUCGAUAACGAUUGAUACACGACAUGUGUCGUAAAUCGAUGUUUGUAGUUAAGAAAAAAACAUGUAAACCUGAAUGUAUUUUUUAGAAUUUAGAUUAGUGACAAUUGUUACCAGCUGUGUGAAAACUCAGUAAUAUAAAUACAUAGCUACGUAUAUCUAUGAGACGAUUUGAGAAUAAUAACAUUAUUCUAUAAAUGGCUAUACCGCACACAUGUAAGGUCAUAGCGAUAGAUUAAAAUAAAAUGUAAUGUUAUAGAAAA